CCAGAGCCAAAAUUUAUUUGACAUUUUAAAAAUAUGUGCGCCAUCUUUGUCUAACUUUCUUUUGCUUCUGUCAUUUCUGUGAUCCGUGUGGAUUUUAGUGAAUCAAAAUGCAGAACGACGCUGGUGAAUUUGUUGACUUGUACUGCCCGAGGAAAUGCUCGGCAAGCAACCGUCUGAUCCACGCUAAGGACCACGCGUCCGUGCAGCUGGUGAUCGCAGACGUGGACCCAGCCACGGGCCGCGCCUCCGACGCCGCCAAGAUCUACGUGAUCUGCGGGGCCAUCCGCCGCAUGGGCGAGUCUGAUGACUGCAUCGUUCGGCUUACCAAGAAGGAUGGCAUAUUGACUAAGAACUACUGACGGCUUUAGUCCUAUAAGCAUAAAAUUUACACAAAAAAAAAUAAAAAAUAUCACAAAAUUA